AGGGGCGCGCACCCGCUCUCCCCGCCCGGCGGCGGCGCUUGGCAGCGGGGCUGUGUACGUGGGAGCGGGAGGCCGGGCGGCGGGGAGUGAGGGGCCGCCGCGAUGUGGCUGAAGCCCGAGGAGGUGCUGCUGAAAAAUGCUCUCAAGCUGUGGGUGCAGGAGCGCGCCAACCAGUACUUUGUGCUGCAGAGGCGGCGGGGCUACGGCGAGGAGGGCGGAGGCGGGCUGGCAGGUCUUCUCGUGGGAACGUUAGAUGCGGUGUUGGAUUCUACAUCGAAAGUCGCCCCAUUUCGCAUCCUGCAUCAGACACCAGACUCUCAAGUCUACUGGUCCAUUGCAUGCGGAGCCAGCAGAGAGGAAAUAACAGAACACUGGAAAUGGUUAGAAGACAAUGUUAUGAAGACUUUAUCAGUAUUUGAUUCAAAUGAAGAUAUUACGAGCUUUGUCCAGGGAAAGAUAAGAGGCUUGAUUGCUGAAGAGGGAAAAGGUUCUUUUGUAAAAGAAGAUGAUCCCGAGAAGUUUCGUGAAGGUCUUAUGAAGUUUGAAAAGUGUUUUGGCUUACCAGAGCAGGAGAAGUUGGUUACCUAUUACUCGUGCAGUUACUGGAAGGGCAGAGUGCCCUGUCAAGGAUGGCUUUAUCUUAGUACCAACUUCCUUAGCUUUUACUCGUUUUUGCUGGGAGCAGAAAUAAAACUUAUUAUCUCCUGGGAUGAAAUAUCCAAACUUGAGAAGACCUCCAAUGUGAUUCUGACAGAGAGCAUUCAUGUCUGCUCCCGUGGGGAAGAUCACUAUUUUUCCAUGUUUUUGCACAUUAGUGAAACGUUCCUUCUCAUGGAGCAGCUGGCAAACUAUGCUGUUAGGAGACUUUUUGACAAGGAGACAUUUGAAAAUGACCUAGUCCUUCAUGACCCCUUGCAGAUCACCAAGAGAGGCCUAGAGAGCCGUGCCCACAGUGAGCAGUUUAGCGCAUUCUUCAGACUCCCCAAAGAAGAGACCUUGAAGGAAGUUCAUGAGUGCUUCUUAUGGGUUCCUUUCAGUCAUUACAACACCCAUGGGAAAAUGUGCAUUUCAGAAAACUACGUUUGCUUUGCCAGCCAGGAUGGCAGCCUGUGCAGUGUAAUCAUUCCAUUAAGAGAGGUCACAGGGGUGGAUAAGGCAGAUCCAGCCAACAGAGGAGUCAGCAUUAGUACCAAAGGAAAAACAGCUUUUCGUUUCACGGAGGUUAGAGAUUUCGAACAGCUUGUGGCAAAGCUCAGAAUGAAAUGCAGUGCAACUUCAAGUCCACAACACAUCGUAAAUGCAGAGGUCGCAGCUAGUUCUGCCUCGGACAUUCCAAAGGAUUUUGAUGCGGCACCAUCAAAACUGGGUCAGAGAGAUAACAGCAGAACUGUUGGUACAGAAGCCCUAAUGACUGUCUAUCAUCCUCAGGAUACUGAGAAUCUAGACCCUAAAAUGUUGAAAGAAAAAAUGAAAGAACAGUCCUGGAACAUCCUCUUUGUGGAACGGGGACAUGGUGUCACCAUGUUUCGAACAAAGAAGACUCGAGACCUAGUUGUAAGAGGGAUCCCGGAGGCAUUAAGAGGAGAACUCUGGCUGCUCUUCUCAGGUGCUGUAAAUGAUAUGGCAUCCAACCCUGGCUAUUACACUGAAUUAGUGGAAGAGUCCUUAGGAACCUGCACUUUAGCUACUGAUGAAAUUGAACGAGAUUUACGUCGCUCCUUACCUGAGCAUCCUGCUUUUCAGAGUGACACCGGCAUUUCUGCACUCAGGAGAGUUCUUACAGCUUAUGCACACAGGAAUCCCCAGAUUGGAUAUUGUCAGGCAAUGAAUAUUUUGACAUCAGUACUUCUCCUGUAUGCUAAAGAGGAGGAAGCUUUCUGGCUUUUGGUUGCUGUGUGUGAAAGGAUGCUACCUGAUUAUUUCAAUCGUCGUAUCAUUGGUGCCUUGGUAGAUCAGGCAGUGUUUGAGGAGCUCAUCAGGUUUCAUCUGCCUCAGUUGACAGGCCACAUGACGGACAUGACCUUUUUCUCCUCGGUCUCUCUCUCCUGGUUCCUUACCCUUUUUAUCAGUGUGCUGCCUAUUGAAAGUGCAGUCAAUGUGGUGGACUGUUUCUUCUAUGAUGGAAUAAAGGCAAUCUUGCAGCUGGGGCUCGCAGUGCUGGAAUACAACAUGGAGAAGUUGCUGACUUGUAAGGAUGAUGCAGAAGCAGUCAGUGUUCUCAACAGAUUUUUUGACAGUGUCACUAACAAAGACAGUCCUUUGCCUCCAGCUGUGCAGCAGGGCUCCAGCCUCAGCGACACAAAGAGUGACCAUCCCAAAGUGGACAUCACCGAUUUGAUCAGAGAGUCAAAUGAAAGAUAUGGCGAUAUUCGAUAUGAGGAUGUUGAGAGCAUGCGCUGCAGGAACAGGCUUUAUGUGAUCCAGACAUUGGAAGCUACGACCAAGCAGAAUGUGCUGCGGGUUGUGUCCCAGGAUGUAAGAUUCUGUCCUAGUGAUCUUGAAGAGCUUUAUGAAUUAUUCAAGAAGGAGCACUUUCUUUCCUGUUAUUGGAGUGUAAAUAGUCCUGUCUUGCAACAUCAUGAUGCCAGUCUGCCAUAUCUUGACCAAUAUCGCAUUGACUGCCAGCAGUUCAGGGUUCUCCAUCAUCUCCUGAGUCCCUGGUCACACUGUGCAAACAGAGACUCACUUGCAUUGUGGACAUUCAGACUGAUGGAUGAGAGCUCCAGUUGCCUUAUAAACUUCAAACAAUUUGCCUGUGUUCUUGAUACCAUGUAUAAUGGAAGCUUCACUGACAAACUCAAGCUUCUUUUUAAGUUGCACAUCCCUCCAGCUUUUACUGAAGUAGAAUCUCUGAGCCCUUCCAAAGGUGGUGAUCUUUCAAAAGAAGAGCUGAUCCACUUCAGCCAACUCAGCGUUUCAUCUGUUGGGGAUAGUCUUGAAAGUGAUUCUUUGAAGAGCAGCCCAGAAAAAGGGAAGGGGAAGGUUGAUAUUCAGGCGUAUCUGAAGCAAUGGCAAGAUGAACUUCUUAAAAGAGAAGAAAACAUUAAGGAUUUGCCAAGAAUGAAUCAGUCUCAGUUCAUCCAGUUCUCAAAAACUCUGUACAAUCUGUUCCAUGGGGAUCCUGAGGAGGAGCUGCUCUAUCGGGCUAUAGCGGUGGUAACCAGCCUUCUGCUGAAGAUGGAAGAAGUUGGGAGAAGACUGCAGAGUCCCCCAUCACUGGUCAAAAGUCCGGUUGCUGUUACAGAGGUGGCUGCUGAGACCCCCGCAAAAGGGCGGGAGGAAAGCAGCUCUGAGCAGACUGAAGGUGGUAGAGCACAGAGUUUGAGAGGGAACCAUGAAUGGUCUUUUGCCUUCGAACAGAUUCUGGCUUCCUUGUUAAAUGAGCCAGCUUUUGUGAGAUUUUUUGAGAAACCUCAUGACAUAAAAGUUAAAAUAGAAAGUGCUAAAAAUUUACAACUUAAGGCAAGAAUCAGAGUGUGAUUUUUCUUUACUCUGAAUUAACCACAUAAAGCGCUUACAAAUGAAGGUUGUUGCUAUGGAAGUUGAGUCUAGUGUUUACAUAGGGAAACUGGGGUGUGAAUAGUUAUCUUUAAUUAUCAGGUUACUGGUAUGUAAUGUAAAUAAAAAUAGUUUGAAGCACAAUCACCUUCUUGCAUUGCUCAUAUGUUUCACUCCAAAAAAGGACUGAAUAAUAAACUGUUUGUUACCAUGUUAUUAAAAUAUGCAACAUUGCUUGGAAAGGCUGGAUGUGACCUAUUGCAAGCCUAUCUGAAUGACAGCUGUUACAGUGUGUGCUCUGCAGGUUCAUUUCUAUUACUGUGAUAAAAGGAAUGACUUCUACCCAUUUUUUGCUUAAAAGGAGUAGUGACAGCUUAGAGGUUAUCUUCCAGGUUAGUUUAAUUAGUUAUUUCCAAACUUGCAUGUGGCCUGGGAUCAAAGCAGGGUGAAAACUAAGAACAGAGGCUGUGGUAGGCACAAGAGCAUGAGGUUAGAGAAGAAUGCUACCCUGCUCUCCAUUCCUCUGCUUUGGUGGUACUGGUGGUCCUGAUCUCUUUGCCAGUUCCAGCCCCUGGUCGGCAGUUUCCAGGCUGCAUUCUCCCAGCACACAUCUCAAUUUUUGCAACAAACAACUUGUUUCCUGCUUUUUUAGCUCAGCCUAUAUAUGAGUUCUCUUUCCCAUUUUCUUACCAGUGCUCCUACAAUGCAGGUGAAAAGGAUGGAAGGUGGUUUGACCGUCCAGGCUGUGCAGGGCUGUGAACACUAGUGUAGGUUGAUGAAAGCAGUGGCUAAAUCUGUCUGACCACGUGGUGGUUGUCAUUUGUCUUGCAAGAGGUGCCAUUGGUAACUUCUUAGGAGUACGUUGAUGAAAUGUAUGCUUUUUGCUUGUGUUUGGGAAGCCCAAGCACUGACCAUCUUCAGCUUCUUCAGAGCUGGCUAAAUUCAGGCUAUUAAACUGCCAGGGGCAGAUUGCAGUUGCUCCUUGGCUUACUCUGAGUCCACACCUCAACCUUGUACUUAUGCUGUAUUUUCUGUAGCUCUCUGGGUUAUUGCUGCUGUCAUGUUUUCUAUCUGCCGGGAUAUAUCCUCUGGAAUCUGACUUGAAAAUUUGAAAUAUAUAUAAAAACUGAUAAAGAUCCUGUGGAUGCAAGCUCUGCCAGUGUUAGUGCUGAUAAAUGAGCCUUUGGUAGCUGGUGCUAGAAUGGGUUUAGAGAAAGGGGGGAAGAGCUUGUAUAUUAAGAACAACAAAAAAGUAAACUGGGACUCUCUGCUAAACUAGUUAAAAAUUGCCGUUUCUGAAGCCUGUAUUAGAAUCAUUCUCUGCAGUGCAGCAUUAUUUUUAUACUGUGCCUGGUUUUUUUUUUUGGAAAGAUGCAAAAUAGGGAUGGUAUCAUACACUGAGGCUUUUCUUGCAACACUGAUAUGAAUGAAGGGUAAAAUGGAAUUCUGACUUGCAUUACAAGCACUUGGUGAAAUACUGUCAUUGCAAUUGGUGUUAAAGUUCCCAUGCUGCUUCUAAAGAAUACAGUUUUAACCAGGAGCAAUCAAUUUAUCAAUUAUUUCUUCUACUCUCUGCCAUACUCUCAGGUAUUAAUGUAAAAGUUUUAUUGAAUGAAUGAACAGUAACUCUAAAAACUAUAUCAUAUAUACGGGAAAUGGGGAAGCUUCUUUCAGAAGCCUUCACAAACUACUUAUACUUGGUACAAUAUAAUACUGAUUUGUAUUUUUAUGCUUUUUUUUUUUAAUCUAAUUUAUCCAUUCUUAUAGCUAUUUUUCUGAGGAAAAGCAGGGCAACACUGUGUUACUUUUAAAAUGUAUUUACUCAGUGUUUUACUGGUGUUGUUUUAGAAAUACAAAGCAGAUGAUUGCGUUGUUCUAGUCCAGAACGUACUCAGAUAAGGUUUGCUCAGAUAAGGUUUGCUCAGUGAGUAAUUCUGCAAAUAGCCGUGCCAAAGUGAAUGGAGCCCCAUGAAUACAGAUGCAGCUGCCCAGCCACAAAGCUUUUGUAGGUUUAUGAUGGAUACUGUUCACUUAAAGAAGUAGAGCUAUGAACUAUGUGCUCAGCAAGGUAGCAGAGGCAUGAAACAUUUACAGCUCAAUGGCUUUUGUUGUUGUUGUUGUUUGUUUGGGGUUUUUUUUUUGUUUGCAAGCCAGGAUGUUAAGAUCUAAGUACAGAAGACUGUGCUGGAGGAAUUUGCGAAUUACAAUAGCUGUGUGACAUUACUUGGUUUGGUUAGGCAAAACUGAGCACCUUUUAAAUACCAUUUUCUAUUAGUGUCAAUUCAAGAGACUUUAGAGUCAUUACCAGUUAUGUAGUAGCUCUUGUUGGCUAUCAUGUAUGUAUAGAGACACUACCAGCAUAUAUAUAUAUAUAUAUAUAUAUAUAAUAUAUAUAUUUAAGGUGAGAAGUUAGGAUAUGUAGGGGAAAACUAAUUUUUAUUAGCUACAUGUUGUUUUUUCUCUUCAAUUUGUUUCCAUGUUUUUCCCCCAAAGGGUGAUGUGUUUAAGUUGUUCCUGCCAUCCCCCCGCAGGCUGAUCCAGCAGGACCAGCCAGCGCCCGGGCAUCCACUCGUGGUAGGUUCUCUUCCUUUAGCAGCCCAUGGAUCACCGGCUGAUCCUUUGGGGAGGUCUCAGGGUAGCGAAUGCCAGCUGUUUCCAAGGAGAGUGACCCAGAGGUGUGCGGUAACACCGAGGGACACUUUAGUGCUUUUUGCUUGUGACAGAGGAACUCUGGAGUUGGUGUCUUGCUGCUUUCCUGCCCUUUCCUGGUGUGGGGAGACACGUGCAGGCUGGAGCUGGUGGCUGGAGCAAUAGAAGCUCUUGUCCUCACUUGAGUCUCAGAGGGGCAUUGACUUUAAAGCCCUGCAUAGUCAAGGACAGAGGUCCUUUGCUACAGCUUUUUGGCCAUCUGAGGUUCUUGGUGCUGCAAAGAUGAACCCAGAUUCACGAGGUGUUGCAUGAGGACGUGGUGGGUGCGCACGCGUCUGUUGAAAAAGGUCAGCGGCUGCAUGGAGCUGGAAAUUAAGCAGAAGUGCCAGCGAGGGGUCUGGUGGUUUCAGGGUCUGACCCAGAAUUAGUCAGCUACUUCCCAAGCUGGGGGACUUUCCUUUCAAAUUGUAACUUUGAAGUUUUUUAGAAGUGUGUUUGAACUUUUGAAGAGGUCAUUUACCAGCAGGAAGCAGCGGGGUUGAGUGAGUACUAGUGUAUCAUGCCACGUAUCUCUGUUGUUUUUCUUUUCUGUAACAGUUUUCAUGAAGUUAUAGGUCAUUUUAAUUUUUUUGGAUCAGUCAUAGGAAAUAAGUGAAUGUGCAUCAUUCAGUACAAAAUAGCUGUAGGUAGGAUAUAGACUGCUAAAACUAGUGACGCUGUUUAUACAGUUUUAAAAUUGCACUAUCUACUGCAGCGUCACCAGUGUGACUUGGCAGCCGUGCCAUGGUUAUUUACCCUGAAACAUGCUCGGUGGCUGUUUUAGCACAUGCUGCGCAGUCCUUCUAGUGGCCGGGCCAUUAUUAUUGUUGCUGUGCACAGAAGAUGCCUUUUGUCAAACAUAAUCGCUGGCCCAGGGGCGGCCAGCAGAGCUGCCGUGUCCUCCUGCUCUGGCAGUGCCAAGGGGGCUGCUUGGGCAGCCGCUCUGGGUGACGGGGGCAGCACCGACCCCCUCCAGGGGCCGCUUGUGUGGCCUCUGGUGGCCCCAUGAGGUGCGGGAAUAGCUCAACUCAGUCUUAAAAAUACAAGCCCUUCCAGCAUGGGGGAGAAUUGCUUGUAAUUCAACUGGUAGCAUUUGCUGGGACAGGGCAGUAGUUCAGAAAAAGCACUCUGUGUCUAUCCAUUCCUAAACCAAGAUGCUUCUUCAUCAUUCUAAUGACUAGAUACAAAUGUAUUUUUAGAAGAGUUUGCUACCAUUGUGACUAAGAAAUAGCUGUGUGUUGACUUUAUUAGAAGUUUCUCAUUCAGUUGUACCAUAAAAAAAAGGUCUUGAUUGCAAUUGCAGUUGUUAUCUGGACUGAAACAAAACGAAAUACUCCAGUUUCUUUCCCCAAAAAUAGGCUGUUUUGUCCUUUUUGCUAUGGCUUUGUCACUUUACCAAGAAGGCAACACAUGCUUGUGUUGGCAGAUUGGCUUUUUAUACAAUGUAUUGUAUGUACAAGUAUUGUAAGACAAAUGGGGUGUUAAAUAAAAAUUUGUUUCGCUUAAGAAAAAAACAAAA